GACCUUCUCAUGUCAGGGGACUUCAGGGGCCCUGGAGUACCGUCUCCAUAAAGAGGGAGACCCAUAUCCUGGGCACAUGCAGACCCUGCUGGAGCCUGGGAACAAGGCUAAGUCGUCCAUCCCAUCCCUUGACUGGAGUCAUGCAGGGCGAUAUCGUUGUAACUAUCAAACUCCUGCUGGCUGGUCAGAGUUCAGUGAUCCCCUGGAACUGGUGGUCACAGGAUACCACUACAGCAAACCCAGCCUCUCAGCUCAGUAUAGCCCUGCAGUAGCCUCAGGGGGGAACAUCGUCCUCCAGUGUGUCUCAGGACACCAAUAUGACAGAUUCGUGCUGAAGAAGGAAGAACCACAGGAGCUCUCCUGGACCCUGACCCCACAGUAUACAUAUUCCACAGGGCAGUACCAGGCCCUGUUUUCUGUGGGCCCCGUGAUCCCCAGUCAAAAGUGGAGGCUCAGAUGCUACAGCUAUAAUCUGAGGAGCCCACAGCUGUGGUCAGAACCCAGUGACCCCCUGGAGCUCCAGGUCUCAGAGACUCACCACAAACCCACCAUCAGGGCUGAGCCAAGCUCUGUGAUCGCCUCAGGCAGUCACGUGACCAUCUGGUGUCAGGGGAUUCUCAAUGCCCAAGAAUAUAUUCUGCAGAAAGAGGGAAGCUCAGCACCCUGGGACACACAGAUCCCAAUGGAGCCCGGGGACAAGGCCAAGUUCUCCAUCUCAUCCAUGACAGAGCAAUAUGCAGGGCGAUAUUGUUGUUACUAUUACAGUCCUGCUGGCUGGACUCAGUGCAGUGACGCCCUGGAGCUGGUGAUGACAGUCCACAGUAAACCUCAGCUGUCAGCCCUGCCCAGCCCUGUGGUGACCUCAGGAGAGAACAUGACCCUCCAGUGUGUCUCACGACAUGGAUAUGGUGGGUUCACUCUGACCAGGGAAGGAGGACAGAAGACCUCCACUUCCCAGGACUCACAGUACUUAGCCUCCACUGGUCAGUUCCAGGCUCUGUUUACUGUGGGUCCUGUGACCCCCAGCAUCGGGGGACCAUUCCGUUGUCACGGCUAUUAUAAGAGAAGACCACAGGUGUGGUCACAACUCAGUGACCCCCUGGAAAUACACGUCUCAGGGCAGGCCAAGGAGCCAUCCCUGCUGACCCAGCCAGGACCUAUCCUGGCCCCUGGAGAGAACGUGACCCUCCAGUGCAGCUCUGACAUCAGCUACAAUCACUUUGCCCUGUUCAAAGAGAAGGAAACUGGUCUCUCCUACAGUCCUGGCCAACAGCUGCAGGCUGGUCUAUUUCAGGCCAGCUUCCCACUGGGCCCUGUGAGGGUCCACACUGGAGGCCGGUACAGGUGCUAUGGUGCACACAGCCUCUCCUCAGAGUGGUCAGCCCCUAGUAAGGCCGUGGACAUCCUGGUCACAGGACAGCUCCCUGUCACACCCUCCCUCUCUGUGAAGCCAGGCCACACCGUGUCCUCAGGAGAGAAUGUGACCCUGCUGUGUCAGUCAUGGAGCCAGAUGGACUCUUUUCUUCUGUUGAAGAAGGGGGCUGUCCAUCCCCAGCUGUAUCAAAGAUCAAAGUUCCAAGAUCAACAGUAUAAGGCCGAAUUCUCCAUGAGUGCUGUGACCUCGGCCCUCAGGGGCACCUACAGGUGCUAUGGUGCUCGAAGCUCAUCCCCCUACCAGUUGUCACAGCCCAGUGCCCCUGUGGAGCUUGUGGUGUCAGGAUCCUCUGGGGGCAGCAGCACACAACGCACAGGACCCAGUUCCACAGCUGGACUGGAAACGUACCAGAAGAUUCUGAUUGGGGUCUCAGUGACUUUCCUCCUGUUGCUCUUCCUCCUCAUCCUCUUCCUCCUCCUUCUCCGACACAGGUGUCAAGGCCAACAAAGGAAGGGCGCCCAGACAGAAGCUAACUUGCAUCUUCCUACAGGGACUGCAGAACCAGUGCUAAGGGACAGAGGUCCUCAGAAGAGAUCCAACCCAGUCGCUGCCAUCCAGGAAGAAGACCUGUAUGCAGCUGUAAAGGACACACAGCCUGAGGACAACAUGGAGCUGGACAGUUGGAGCCAGACUGAGGAAGGCACCCAAGGGGAGACAUAUGCCCAGGUAAAUAGCUUCAGGAUCCAGAGGGCAGGAGCUGUCAUGUCAAGGGAAUUCCUGGACACAAAGGAUGGACAGUCAGGAGAGGACAGAGAGAUGGACAGACAGCCUAAUACAUCCGAGGAGCCUCAGGAUGUGACCUAUGCCCAGCUGUGCAACAUGACACUCAGACGGGGGACAGCUGCACCUCCUUCCUCCAAGGCAGGGGGGCUCCCAGAGGAACCCAGUGUGUAUGCUGCUCUGGCCUCCACUCACCCACAUGCUGUUCCCAGGGACACUGAGUAGUGACCCUCAGCCUCCCAAGAUGGCUAACGGCAACCUCCAGGAGAUUCUGGGAAGUUGUGGCAACCUCCAGGAGAUUCUGGGAACUUGUGGGAACCUGACUGCUCUUAGAGAUAAUAUCCCAAGCUUUUGAAAUAAACUAAAUUUCUCAAUAGUCAAUAAGUGUA